AUGCAUACUCGCAAGUUAAAAGAGCCAAAAAUUUAUGAUUAUGACCAUAUGCCUAGUUCAGUGGCGUCCAACCCGUCUCUCAAGCAUCAGUAUCCUAAGCCCCAUCCAUCCGACAGGUCACAAUAUCGGAAAAGGAAGAAGCUCGACGCACCGGCACCAGCAUAUUGGGAUAACCUGUCAAAGAUUUGGUUGACCAAAGAUGCGUUAGAGGAGUUGGAUCGAAGAAACAGCUGCCUGAAACCACCCCAGAACCAUCAUCAACCUCUCACUCAACAAUUUCACACUGAGCUGUUUCAGUUUGCUCCAGCCUUUCUCCGUGAUUGUGCACCUGCUUGUUCAAAGCAGAUAAAAAGGGUUUCCAGAUUGGGAGGACCUGACCUAACUGACCUUAGAAAUUAUUCUAAACAGGAAAUCUUCCUUGAAAAAGCAAUGAGCUCAAGGUCCCGGGGUAGAAAGCGACGCGCAGGUUCUCCUAGUGCAGAUAUGAAGAGUACCACCAAGUCCACAAGCACCACACCCUAUAAUCAUGGUCGAAUACCAGCAAUGCCAAAAAACUGGGAGGAGAUCAAUAAAACACUAGCUCAAUCCCGAUCCUCUCUUUCCCCAUCAAACUUCUCUGAUGAACAUUUCCGGAAAUUCAAACGAGCAGAUACACAUGCAUCUAAAGAACAACCAGUCACAACAUCAGUGAUUCCUAUCAUUGAAGGUGACAUUGAUGAUCCCAAAUGCGCUGGAGGGGGAUACUCACUUGGAAAUCUUGCCCCCUUAACUGAUGGCACACUGGCUCAGGCUAAGCCAGAUCACUUCUACAGUGCGCGUCCUGAACAGCUCAAUCGCCAGAUCCGCAAUGAACUCUGCAAUUAUAUCAUCCCAUCAACACAGGAUGAUCUUCCGAUGGUACCAAAUUUCUUUUUGGAAGCAAAAGGGCCUGAUGGAUCCUUGGCUGUAGCUACACGGCAAGCCUGUUAUGAUGGCGCUCUAGGAGCUCGUGGCAUGCACACUCUCCAGUCAUACCAACAAGAUAGAUCAAUUUACGACAACAAUGCUUACACUCUUACAUCAACUUAUCAUGGCGGUCAACUCAAGCUAUACACAACUCAUCUCACUGAGCCCGAAGGCCUAGGCCGUCACCCUGAGUAUAUUAUGACCCAGCUCAAAGGCUGGUCAAUGACCAGUGACCCAGAAACCUUUCGACAUGGAGCAUCUGCAUACCGAAAUGCUCGGGACUGGGCAAAGAAAAAGAGGGAUGAAUUUAUUAGGGCAGCAAAUGAAACGCAUGCAAAGGCCCAAUCUCAGCUUCAUUCAACCUCUCAGUGCCAGACAGCUUCCGAGGCAGCUCUCACCUUGGACACCUCUGAUCUAUCGACAUUGUCCGACCAAACGGAGUAUCAAGACACGCAAUGGAGCUUCGCAAAUACAACUGAAGAAGGAGGAGAGUCUCAGAUUCUUAGUAGACAUGCCAAGAAGCCGAGAGUUGGCUCCAUUGUUGAAGGUAAUACAGCGGGUAAUAAGACUACUAGAUAG